CCAAUAGCAACUGAGGAAAUUUGGCAACACGUGGUUUCUGAAGAGAACCCCACUUUUGUUUUGUCCGAACACUCCAUCUUCAAGGCCUUGACUCUUCACAGGGGAAAGAAACAGUUUUUUCUUUGUUAAUCUUUUUUUAAAAAAAAUUUCUGGGAAAAUCUUGUUGUUAACGGAGAGCUUGAGAUUUACGUGAAUGGGAGACAUGGAAAAUGAGGUUUUACCUGAUGGGUGGAGGGUGGAGAUGAGAGUCAGAAAGAAUGGUAGAAAAGAUAAGGUCUAUAUUGAGAAGGUUGAAGCAGAAGGGCUACCUCCAGGAUGGAUUAAGGAAAUUAGGGUAACGAAGACAGCAAAUAAAGUCAGAAAAGAUCCGGUUUACAUUGAUCCUGUAAGUGGAUAUUUUUUCCGCUCUAUGAGGGAUGCAUCUCGCUAUCUUGAAACUGGUAAGAUAGGAAGGUUGGCUUACAAACCGAAGGACAAAGGCAGCAAUGAUGGCGGGCAUGAUGAGGAAUUGGAAAAUGAUAAAUGCGAUUCACCUACCGUGGCCAAGAAACAGAAGUUAGAAGUCCCUGGAGCAGAAACACCGGUUGUAGAUCAGAGCACAACGUCUCCUGCUGUGGCCAAGAAACAGAAGUUAGAAACCCCUGGAACAAAAACACCGGUUGUAGAUUGGAGCACAAAGGCGAGUGACAUAGCAGAGAAUGAAGAUGCACUCAAUUCAGCCGGUACAGGAGAACAGACUGAGAAUGAAGAUGCACUCAAUUCAGACAGUACCGGAGAACGCAUAUGCCUCACUGAACGUGCUUCUAAUCAGAAUGGGGCGGGAAUUGUAUUGAGCAGUUCUAACGUUCCAGAAGCUAAGGAUUCCAAUAAAAUGGAUGGGGAGAAGGAUUCUGAUAAAAGUGCAUCUCUUUCCACCCCUGCAGUUGGGGUACUCCCAGAUAGGAAGUCAUCUGAAGGUGGGGACACAGGGGAUGAAAGUAAGAACACUGGACCUGGAAAGUGCGGAUCCAGGAAAAAAAAAGUGCUUAACUUGCCGCGUCGGGCAUCAAAACGACUUGCUGGAGUUGCACUUGAUCCAACACCAGAACUAAAACCUAUAACCAGAGGCCGUCGAGCUGUAGAUAAACAGUCAGAUGAGAUGGUAGCGUCUACAGUUGAGGGUUUGGCUCCUCAGGUAUCCCAACAACCUAAUGAACUCAAGGACGAGCCUGAAUCAAAUCAUGCCUCUGAUACUACUAAAAGCUCAGACGAUUCACUCAAAUCAGGUAAGAGCUGGCAUCUGACUCAGGAUUCAAAUGAACAUGCUGAGAAGACAGAAACAGACUAUAACAGUGACAAGAAGCUAGGAUGCGAUGUUGUUUUGCCUCAGACGAACCAAGAUAAAGCUGAAACUGACAGUAAGGCUGAUGUGAAGCCAGGCCCCCUUCUUGACCUUCCUUUUGGGACGAACCAAGAUAAAGCCGAAACUGACAGUAAGGCUGAUGUGAAGCCAGGUCCCCUUCUUGACCUUCCUUUUGGGGAAUUAUUAUCAGACCCUUGCAUUGCUUUUGCAAUUAAAACUCUCACAGGAGCAACUUUUGACACUUCGAACACCACUGAAGUGUCACUGGGAUCAAACAAUAGCAUAUUUGAGGGCUUUAGUACUUCAGAAGAGCAUUCUGGAAAGAUAAAGACAGAGUCUGAAGGAGUCGAGAAGCAGAACAACGUCGCUAUUCCAAAAGAACAAGCAGUAAAGGUUAAAAGCAGCUAUGAAACUGAUGAGAAUCCAGGACUUCCCCUUGAUUUGCCUUUUGCAGAUAUCUGGAGAGACCCAUGCAUUGAAUUUGCAAUAAAAACCCUUACCAGUUCAAACCCAGUUGGGUGUGAUCUGGAUAUUCAGGACUACUUCCAGCAGCAACAUAACACAUCACAAACCCAAGCAAGCAAUAACUUCUGCCAAACCGAGUUCUUAUGCCAGCAAUACGACGUCCUAGAGAAGCAGGUGUCAAGAGAACAAGGUCGUAAUGGAAACGUAAGGAUACAAAGCUCAGGUGAAAAAGGUCUUCGCCAACAUGGCGAAAAGCGUUGUAAUGAAUGCCACUGAUAGGCCAUCUUCUGGUACUAACUUCAAUUGUAUAGGUAUAAGGCUUCUGUAGAACAGAACAGUGCUUCUAACCUUUCGUGCUGUUUCCCACUACGGUUGUGUAUCAAAAAUUUUCAUAUUGGACUAUGGCACUUUUCAGAAUGAGCUUCCGUAGUGAGCUCAGUAGUUGUAGCUUGGCAGUCCAAUUUGUAAUCAAUCAGAUAGUUUGAGGCUGGUAGUGCUGGUGCUCACUAUCUAAACUUGUGCUUUAGAAAUUUUAUUCUGCUCCUAUUUACUAAAUUAUUGGGUUUGGCUGUGUCGUUGGUUUUUGUUAGAAAACACAAAUCAUAGAUUCGUCGAUGAUGACAUUAAUAC